AUGAAGGCUCCGAUGGUCUUUUUCAUCUAUGUCGGGGGAAGCCCGGGGGCCCUUGCAGCUUCCGGCAUCAUCUUCCUUGUCUCGAUGUUGCUUUCGAACGUCAACAUCUUGGAUGUCUUCGUUAGUGGAGAUGUCGGUGAUGACGGCUACUACACUUCGUACGAAGACAUCGAGCUCGACCGGAUCUACCGGCAGCAGCGUGCUUCAUUAGAGCGCCGGAGGAACCGGGAACGCUUGGCAAGUGCCACACGGCCAGGAUUCUGGAGCACGCUCUUCACCUCGUGCGCCAUUGUGACCCUCGUUUUCUGCAUGAUGUUAACUGCUGCUGUUGCUCUGUUCUAUUGGAGGCCUGAUCUGCGCGAGCACCGUCUCGUCCGCGGCAUCAUCCGUCGGUUAAACCGUCUAGAGGACCGCUUCAUCAACUGGCUCGCCGAACGUGGUCUGUGGUUCACCAACAGCGCACGGCGUCCACGGCCUCGUGUGAGCUCUGCAGAAAUCCAGAAGCUGCAGAAGGAGACCUUCGUCAGCGAGGACGAGCUGGCUCGUUGGUCGGUGGCGACCCUGAAAGAGGAGCUGCGACGCCUUCAGCGUCAAGCAGACAUGAAUCUGGGAUUUGCAGGCGGCAGCCAGACCAGAGAAAUACAGCUGCUGCUAAGAAGCGGUGUGGGCAUCGAGAAAGCUGAGCUAGUUCAAGCUGUUCUGAAAGCCAGAGGAGGUGACUCCGGGAUCAGCUGCGCCGUGUGCCUGGCAAACUACGAGAGUGGAGACGAGCUCCGGGUACUGAAAUGCGGGCACCGCUUUCACUGCGACUGCGUGGACCGAUGGCUCACACAGCAGAGUAGAACCUGUCCUUUGUGCAGCAAGCGCGUCUAG